AUGUACAUGUGCGAGGCCGAGCUUGCCGCGCUCGCUGCCCUCGUCGAGCGCAACGAGGGCAUCGAUCCAGCUCUCGGAGCCCUGCGCACCGCGGCUCUUUUGCUCAAGAAUGCUGCGGCUGACAAGUCGAAGGGUGUGCUGCGGGCUGACAACAAGGCGCUGCGGAGCAAGAUCCUCGGCUUGGACGGUGGCGCAGCAGCGCUGCACGCGCUAGGCUUUCGCGCCGACGUUGAGGAUCCGGAGCAGGCGACCACCUUCAGCUUGGCGGCCUCGUCCUCGACGGCGGCGCUCGCAGAAGCAGUGGGCGAGGCUGUGGCUCGCGUCGUGGCGCUGAAGGAUGCGAUCGUUGCCGUCGGCGACUCGAACGCGCCACAGGCCGCGCAGGACGCGCUGCGCCUCGCGGCGACGUAUGUCACAAAUCUUGCGUCCGACGCCGCAAAUGAGCGAAAGCGGCGAAUCGGCGGUGUGGCAGGCGAGGAGGCGGCGGGGGAGCCGAGCCCGUCCGAGGCGGUGACGAGCGUGCCACGCUUCGCCACGCUGCCUCUGGUCGACGCCCUUUGCGCGGGCGGGGCCCCGCCAGGAGGCGCGGACAUGCAGCCGAAACUGGCCAAGGCGAGGGACGGCCAGGCGGUGGUGCUGCUCUGCUGGCAGUCUGCUUCGAAGCGGUGGUCGCGCGUCGGGCAGAUGCCGAUCCCCUCCACUUCCUUCGCUUGGGCGCAGACGCUCCCCGAUGGCUCCGAGCCCGCCCUCUCCAUUGACGUCGACUUGGGCGAUGGCAAACUCCUUGAGCUGCGCGCGGGAGUGGGCGGCGGCGACAACGAGUACCUCGCGGCGAAACGUUUCAUCGACGCCAAUUGGGAGAGCCUCAACAACAACCACCUCGAAGAGAUUGCGCGCAAGGUGCGCGCCGCCGUCGGGCCGGUCCUGGCAACGGUGGAGGCGCUCCGCGACGCAAUGGAGGCGCAGAACUGA